AUGUCUUCUUUACUUAAGGCAAUUAGAUAUGAAGAUGGUCAUUUGUCGAUUAUUGACCAGCUCCAGCUCCCACAUGUGACUGAAUUCAUUCCCAUCAACACCACUGAAGAUGCCUGGCGUGCAAUCAAAGAAAUGCGUGUACGAGGGGCACCUGCAAUUGCCAUUGUUGCUGUGUUGUCUUUGGCAGUGGAAGUGAUGGUCCUUUUAUCUCAGAAAAAAAUACCAAAUAAUGCAGGGAAGAUGGUGCAGUUUAUCAAGGAAAAGCUGGAUUUCCUGGUCACAAGUCGACCAACUGCAGUCAAUUUAAGUGAUUCUGCACAGAAAAUAAAGCUUAGCCUCGCACAAAAGACCUCUUCCUUACCCUUGUCUGCAGAAGAUGUGGCCCUGGAAUUUAUAUCAGUUGCAGAAAAGAUGCUAGUUGAUGACAUUGCUGAUAACCGGGCGAUUGGUGCACAUGGUGCACAGUGGAUUAUCGAAAAUAUUCCCAUAGCAGGUGAAGGGAGAAGUGUUUCUAUUCUUACACAUUGCAAUACCGGGUCACUCGCUACAGCUGGGUAUGGUACUGCCCUUGGAAUAAUUCGACGUCUCAAAGAGCUGUCACAAUUAUCUCGUGCCUAUAUCACGGAAACACGGCCAUACAACCAAGGAGCUCGUCUUACUGCGUACGAGAUGGUCCACGACAGGCUCCCGGCUACAUUAAUAACCGACUCUAUGGCUGGCCAGCUGCUGGCGAAGAUGGGAAAUGAUAUCGCCGCAAUUGUGGUCGGUGCUGAUCGCGUUGCAGCUAACGGAGAUACCGCCAACAAAAUUGGAACAUACAUGCUGGCAGUUCUGGCAAAAUAUCAUGGCGUAAAAUUUAUUGUUGCGGCCCCUCGAACCUCAAUUGACACUGCAACGAAAUCUGGGGCUGAUAUUGUGAUCGAGGAACGUGAGCACUUGGAAGUAACAAGGAUUCGUGGUCCCAUUGCGAGAAGCGGUUCGCUGGAACCUGUUGUAAUGGAGACAGUGAAGAUAGCAGCAGACGGAAUUGAUGUCUGGAAUCCUGCCUUUGAUAUUACCCCUGCCGGGUUGAUCGAUGCUAUUGUCACAGAAGUUGGUGUUGCGGUUAGAAAUGCAAGUGGCGAGUUUGACUUGAGUUUGUUGUUCUAA